ACACACAAACAAACACUCCUCCCUCCACUCAAACCACCAAUGGCUUCACAGUAUUCACAUGAAGCAUUGACAUAGGGCAAUGACUAAACAAAUCAUCCACAGGCAGAGAGAAUGAGUAAACAGUUGUUUUAGUUCAAUAUUGGCAGACAGCAGACAGACAAGUCAAUGGAGAAUUCUGACAUAUCAGAAGAUCUGUUUAAGGGAUUCAAGGGAACAUAUAAUGAGCUGAUAUGUCAGGAUGAUUUCAGCACAGAUGGACAUCCUCUCCAUAACAGACAAGACCAACAACAAGUGUCCAUAUUCAUGGUGAGAGAUGGGCAGAGUUUUCAAUUCUAUCGAUUGGUUGCAGUGAGUCUGGGCAUGCUCAGUGCUCUUCUACUGGUCGUUGACAUUGGUCUGGGGGUCCAAUACAGCAAAGUCAGUGAGAAGUACGGUCCACUAUAUCAGAACUUGACACAUAUCAGCAGUGAGCUGGAGCAACUCAGAGCCACCCACAGUAACAUGAUCCAUGCCAAAGAGGAGGCCUUGACAUUGUUGCAGAAAGAGCUCCAAAAGGUGAACAAAACCAGCGGGCAGCUAGGGAAUGCCAAACACACUGGCAUGGAGUUACAGAGGCAGGUUGAAAGCCUUCAGGGACAGAAGGUGGAGUUGCAGUCCAGCGUCACUGAAUUUGUGGAAAGCUGUGACCGUUGUUUGCCAGGAUGGAAAUUGCUCAACUCGUUGUGUUACUACUUUCCCUUGUCGAACUCCAUUCCUCUGAAAACAUGGGACAGAAGCAGAGAUAGCUGCAUUAAAAAAGGAGCUGACCUGGCAAUAAUAAAUAGUGAAGAGAAGCAGGAUUUUAUCAAUAAGGCAAUACAAGCAUUACGAUACAGCUCAGGAUCCUGGCACCUAACAGGGUUCUGGAUUGGACUGAAGGAGGAAGAGGAUGAAGAGGGAACCUGGGCAUGGCUUGAUGGGACUGAACUGACUCAGGGAUACUGGGCAGAUGGGGAGCCUAACGACGAUAUGAAUAACGAGGACUGUGCAGCCAUUUACUCCAAAAACCAUCCCGAGGCGAGUUGGGAUGCCAUGAAGACUUGGAACGAUGCCCCAUGUAGAUAUGCACUGAAAUGGAUAUGUGAAAUGAAAGCAAAGGCAGCCUAGGAAUUAAAGUUGUAAUAAUUUGUCUCAUGAGUGUUGUCAUAUGCAAAGACACUACAUGUUAAAUGAAAAUGUUUAUAACAUAAGUAAAUUAAAUUAAAUAUUGGGCAAUUAUAAUACAUCACUGGCUGUUUGAGGAUAUUUCUGUCACAUACACACACUCCUCCCUCCACUCAAACCACCAAUGGCUUCACAGUAUUCACAUGAAGCAUUGACAUAGGGCAAUGACUAAACAAACCAUCCACAGGCAGAGAGAAUAAGUAAACAGUUGUUUUAGUUCAAUAUUGGCAGACAGCAGACAGACAAGUCAAUGGAGAAUUCUGACAUAUCAGAAGAUCUGUUUAAGGGAUUCAAGGGAACAUAUAAUGAGCUGAUAUGUCAGGAUGAUUUCAGCACAGAUGGACAUCCUCUCCAUAACAGACAAGACCCAACAACAAGUACCGCAAGGAAAACGUGAUCUUUUCGGAAAAUCAAGAGACUAACUGCUCUCAUUUAAAAUAUCAAUCCAGGAGCUUGGUGACAGAUUGUAGAUUUGAGAAUGUAAUUCUGAAUACAGGUAUGUCACAAAAAUCCUGUGGAUUAACCCAAAUAUUAUUGCGGUAAUACUUGAUAAAAUUGUCCCUUGUCAGUGUCCAUGUUCAUGGUGAGAGAUGGGCAGAGUUCUCGAUUCUACUGAUUGGUUGCAGUGAGUCUGGGCAUGCUCAGUGCUCUUCUACUGGUCGUUGAUAUUGGUCUGGGGGUCCAAUGUGAGUAGUGUCCUUUAUCAUUUCACUCUGCUUUAAAUAAUUAAUUGAAAGAUCUUCUGUCAUCUUCCUCAAGUGAUGUUAGGUCUCUCUUUGGUCCCCACAGACAGCAAAGUCAGUGAGAAUUACAGUCCACUAUAUCAGAACUUGACACAGAGCAGCACUGAGCUGGAGCAACUCAGAGCCACCCACAGCAAUAUGAUCCAUGCCAAAGAGGAGGUCCUGACAGGUUGCAACUUGGUCUAAGAGAAUUUCAUACUAUUCUGUAUGUAAAUCUGAGACAUCCCAUUUAGUUUGAUAUGUUACAUUUCAUAUGGUAUUGUAAUGACCUAACUAGAUCAUAAAGGAACAAUUGUCCAGACAGAGGGUUGAGUUUAAGAAUUACGGUUCAUUAACCCAACCUCACACAGGCUACUGUUUGGCUGUAGCCCACACCAAAUAAACAAACGAGACCCCUAUAAAACAACCGUGACCUUCUCUUGUGAAGGCCAGACGUACGUAAGAGAGAGAACAAUGGCUAAACCUGGUCUUAACUUCCAAUGCUCCAUCCCCCUGCCCAGCCCCCCUCCACGCCACUCCGCCAACCACCAGGAUGCCCGGCAUCAGAACAUUCCAUGCAUUCCCGUGAUUGGCAGAUAGCAAGUUGAUUGGCAUGGCGGACCCCGCGAACACUGGGUGCUGGUACAGAAUACGAAAUGCUCUGAGACCGGGUUGCGAGAGCUCCAAAAGGUGAACAAAACCAGCAGGCAGCUAGUGAGUGCCAAACACACUGGCAUGGAGUUGCAGAGGCAGGUUGAAAGCCUUCAGGAACAGAAGGUGGCAUUGCAGUCCAGCGUCACUGAAGUUGGGUGCGCAUAAAAAGGGUUCUGGAUUGGACUGAAGGAGGAAGAGGAUACAGAGGGGACCUGGACAUGGCUUGAUGGGACUGAUCUGACUCAGGGAUAAGAGCUGCACAAGUCAUUGGACUGGAUACAGGUUUAAUCAUGUAUGAUAUUCUGUGUAUAGACCAACAUGUUAAGCAGUUAAUGGUUUAAAUGUUUCCACUGCCUGUGACACUGUACCAUUAUCAUUCAGGAUAAUACCAGAACGUCUAGAAAGUAACCUUUAACUUGGUUUAAAAAGGUACUGGGAAGACAGAGAGCCCAAUGACCACUAUGGAAUGGAGGACUUUGCGCCAUCAAAAUAAAUCCCAUGAAGUUCUGGAAUGAUGCUACUUGUACAAGUGAAAUGCAAUCAAGGAAGGCUUAUAAAUGACUGUAAAAUGUCCAUUAUUUAAUUAAGUAAAUACAUACAUUGAAAAUAAUAGGCAUUGGAAUCAAAUGUAAAUUGAAGUUGUACAUAGCAUAAGAUUGUAUCUGAAAUAAAUUGUCAUACUGUAAAGUUAAACGCAUAGAAAUGAAUGAGUUCUGUAUCUUUGAUUAUAACGAGUAAUCAAUCAAAAACAAACAAGACUACAAAUUGUUGUCACAUCUGCUCCUGCCACGCCCUCUAGUGCUCAUCCGGUGUCUCCUUGACUGCUCUCUCCCUCUGUGUGUGAUUGUGUGGGCGGAGACAGGUGUGCUGGAGUCAGAGCAGAUCCCCACCAGCUGCAACCUGUUUCAUAAUCAAGACCUCUACAAAUACUCAGUCCUGCCGCUUCCUCACUGCCAGAUCGUAAUCUCUGCUCAUUAUGCCUGCUCUGACUCUGGUCCGUCUCCAGUCCAACAUCUCGUCAUCCUGCUACUCUGUCCUGGAUUCCCCACUUCACUACUCCCUUGGAUUCCCCUCUGGACCUGCUCACCCUGUCUCAACUCCCCUCGCUCCAGCCUCAGCAUUUGUUUUCCAAUAACCUGCCAGAGCUUCCAAUGACCUGCACUCAAUCUCCCCAUGUUUCAAUAAAUACCUUGGUUACUUCA